GGGCAGCGAUUAGUAGUUCCUGUAUAACGUCAGUGGCAGGUCCUGUGUAUGAAUGUACGGUGUCACGGAUGGGACAUCCUUCAGAGGCUGGACUUCUUUCCCUAGCCUUCCGCUCUCAUUAGCAUGCAAAACAGAACAAGCUGAGCGCUAAGCUCCUCCCAUUUGGGUUCUUCGCAUUGUUAUGGGGGAGGGGAGAGAAGAGGCGGAGCUACAACAGGGGGAAGUAAGAAAAAAAACAAAUAUAUAAUCCAGCCUGAACACUUUCCCCCCCUUAAAAUAUGAUCAAUUAAUUUCUGGAUUUUUUUUUAAUCCUAUCCAUGCGAUUCUAAGUGGUGUAUGUAAUCCCCCUCCCCCCGGCGGCGCGUGUGUUGUGUAUCCUCUGAACAGGCGUCGCAAUAACCCUCUAUGUGUCUAGGCCACUUGGGUCCUGCGUUGAGAACCCGUGCUGGGAUGACUUGGAGACCCCGGGCCGACUGCUGCUCAAACACCGCGAUAGUCCAGUUUCCAUAAGACCUACUGGCUAUUGAUCAGGAAGAAGCUGACGCAAAUCAUGUGAUUAACAGGAAAUCAUCUCAUCCAAUCAAGCACAAAAAUUGACAUGGACGAAGAAGAUGGCCGGUGCUUGUUAGAUGUGAUAUGUGAUCCCCAGGCUCUGAAUGAUUUCUUACAUGGACAUGAUCAGAUUGGUGCUGAUGACCUCUUGGAUAACACAGGAGAUGCUGCAAGUGCCUUCUUUGUGGGCACUGGGCUUCACGUUCAGGAAGCUCCAGGAAACCAUCUAACAACAGAACCUAACCCUCCCACCGCAAGUGUAGAUUUAGACUUUUUGGAAGAUGAUGACAUUCUUGGGUCUCCUUCAGCUGGCAGUGCCAGCCUUGCUAGUGCUGAUCAGCCCUGUGAUAUCCUUCAGCAGAGCCUGCAGGAGGCUAACAUUACAGAACAGACUCUGGAAGCUGAGGCAGAGUUGGACUUAGGCUCCUUCCAGCUCCCUAACCUACAGCCGGUGGUGCAGGCCACCCCGGAUGGGACCCCCCAGAUAUUUUCUGGAGGAGCUGACCUUAUUGGGCUGCAGCAGCCAGCAGUGCUGACCCAUCAAGCCCUCGUGCAACAGUCUGUAGGGGCAGAUGCGGUCAACAAAGCUAUCAGUGUGCAACCUUUUCUUCAACAAGUUGGCCUUGGCAAUGUUACUAUUCAGCCAAUCUCUAACCUCCCUGGACUACCAAAUGGCAGCCCUGGUGGGGCACUUGGCAUUGGGCAGAUACAAGUUGUUGGACAGCAGGUCAUGGCCAUUAACCAACCUGCACAACAGAUUAUUGGCAAGCAGGUGCAACCAACUCAAGUUGCUAACUUACCUGUGGGCAGCUACUUGGCAGGGACAAACACCGAGCAGCAGCAAGUCACACUUACAUCAAGUGGAGUAUCCCCACAGAACACAGGAUUAGUCUUGCAGAACAAAAUCCCAACAGUGGCGACAACGCUUAAUGGAAAUUCUAUGUUUGGUUGUGUGUCCGCAGCGCAGUGUACACAAUCCCUUACAGUUACAUCUAGCUUAAACAGCCAGGUUAUUAUACAGCGAACUCCAACUCCUAUUCAGCCAAAACCUGCUGGAGUCCUGCAACCGAAACUGUUCCAGAUAUCACCCAAAUCUUUUACUCCAAACAAUGCUACACUUACCAUUCAGGGAGAGGCUGCACUGCAGCAGUCAAAGACUCAGCAGAACUUGGCUUUUAUGACUGGCAAAUCAGGACAAAAUGUGGUGCUGUCCAGCUUUCCCCAUGGGCUCCACACCAAUAUGUUUAAACAGCCACCCUCACAGCAUCAGGCCCUUGGCAAGCCAAUGAGUGUUCAGCUUCUAAACCAAGGCGGUAGUAUUGUCAUACCUGCCCAGCAUGCCCAAGCUAUGUUGCAGGGGCAAAAUCAAUUUCUUUUGCCUGGCCAGCUUGCAGGGGCGUCUGCCCUCCAGGCCAAUAUGGCAGGGCAGAUCCUUGCUGCCUCCCAUCCUAGUGGACAAGCUCACAUCAUUGCCAGCCAGGGCCCAGGAGGCCAGCUCCUCAACCUUACUAACCAGAAUAUUGCAAGCCAAUUGAACUUGGGACAGGUCCUCGCAUCGCAGAAUGCACAUGGCACAGCUCACAUCUUGUCAGGGCCAAUACAGCUGCAAGCUGGACAGGUUGGCCAACCCACCUUGUUUCAAAUGCCUGUGUCUUUGGCUGGGAGCCUGAGCACUCAGAGCCAGUCAUCAGUUGCCACAUCUUUGAAUCAAGCAGGGCAGACAGUCAUCCAGGGGGUAAAUUUACCCAACCAUGUUGCAAUGUUUAAUCCGUCCGAGAAUCUUGGGCAAACCGUUAGUAUCCAGCAAGCAACUGCUGGCAGCAGACAGAGCCCAGGCAUUGUGCAGCAGCAACAGCAGACUCAGCAAGUUGUCCAGGGGGCCGGCAUCCAUCCCAAUGCAGACCAGCCCUCUAUUUUGACCGUCCAAACUGCACAGCAGGCUCCUCAAGGCCAGCCCCAGCUUCAAUUGAAUGUACAACAGCAGCCACAACCUUUAGCUCCCCCACCACCUCAGCAAGCUUUACCUGUCCAGUCUCAGCCCAGCCCCAGCUUGGCCACUAGCCCGGACAAGAUUGUUCUGGGUGGAACACCAUCGGGUACUAUCCUGAAUGCAGAAUCCAUGCAGAUGUUUUUGCAGCAGAAGGAUCAGCAGUUUUAUGAAGCAGCCUUGAAAAUGCAGCAGGAGGGCAGCCUGGUUCAGACCUCUGCUGCAACACACAUACCCAUGCCAAUCUACAGCCUAGCAGCUUCCGCCAGCACACUGAACAGCAGCAGUACCACCACUACCAGCAGUAGCGUCCCUGCAUCCGUCAUAGUGAGCAGCAGUGCCUCCCAGCUCAACCGUGAGCUAGUCCAGAACCACGGAACCGCAGCGGAGCCCAAAGGACAGAGCCACAUACCUCAUUUCCCAUCCAGCCAGUCUCAGCAGGCUCUGACCUGCCAGAUUCCAUCCGGACAACAGAAGCUGCCCGGAGCCUCCCCAUCCCACUCGCUACCUCAUCCUCCAAGCCCACAGUUGCAGCCUUCCUCCUCUCACCUUUCUCAAAUGCAGUCACCCCACCAAUCUCGUCCCCCCUCGCAGCCACAGCCCCUUUCUAGACCACCAUCGCGUCCCCAUUCACGCCCUCCAUCUCAGCCACAGAGUGUUUCCCGCCCUCCCUCCGAACCCCUCUCCCGAUCCUGUACCCCCCAGAUGCAGAAUCUGUUUGUCAUUCAAAACCAAAUUGCCUCACCACAUGGGUCCUCACAGCACCCCUUACGUCCCCCAUCUCAACCUCAGGUACAGACUCCAUUUGCUUCCCAUCAGCAGUCAGAUAUUCCACAAACGUUGUCUUCCCCUCAGCAGCACAUUCAGCUUCAAGUUCAGCUGAGCACCCCUCAAUCUGAGGUUCGAGCAGGUGUCCCUGUCUCCUUCCAAGCCACUCCUCCUUCAUCAGAUCCCCAGACCCAUUCAUUCCAACUACAGUUUCAGGCACAGACCCCUAUCAAAACCUCCAUCUCACCUCAAACUGCUGGUCAGCCGCUCCAUCUCACUACGGAGUCCCAGCGUUCCUUCCAGAUGACACAAAGCCAGAUACAGGCACUCUCUCUCCAAAACUCCAUGCCCCAACAAAAACAACUGUUGGAAAGGUAUCAACAGAUGCAGCAGUUGCAACAAAGUCUAAUGCUUCCCUCCCAGCAGCAAGCAACCAGCACCCAGACAUCCCCGGCACUUGGAGGACAGUACAGUGGGCAGGCCCCCUCUGUGCUGACCAGUGGACAAGGCCAAUCUGUGCCCACCCAAGGCCCUCUGAUUGGGCAUUCCCCUGGCCAAGUAUUGGUGCAGCCUACCCCUGGAGGAAGUAGCCAGGCAGCACAACUUUCAACACUACUUCAGCAGCAACAGACAACGGUUCUGGUCAAAAAUUCAGGGCCUGCAGCUGCUACUGUGCCUCCAGACAUGAAUGUGUAUCCUGGUUCUGUGGGAAAAUCUGUUAGUGGACAGAGUAAAUCUGUUGCAACUCUUCCAGUACAAACACAGGCCAAGACAGCAGUGUUCAGCUCGGUUUCUGGACUGAGCUUGGGCAAGGGCUCUCUUCAGAUCCAGGUUGUUGGCAAGGGCAUGUCUCAAAUUGUUCCCACUGCUCAGACACCAGCCCAUCCACAGUUUGGAGCAUUGAAAAAACUUCCUACACUACAGCCAAGCAAGGAAGCUUGUUUUUUAGAGCAUUUGCAUAAACAUCAAGGCUCAGUUCUGCAUCCUGACUACAAGUCUCCCUUUCACUCAUUCGAAGAUGCCUUUCAUAAACUUCUUCCUUAUCAUGUAUAUCAAGGUCUUCUGCCAGCUACACAGGACUUAAGGAAGGUUGAUGAAGAAUUUGAAGUUGUAUCUACUCAGCUUCUAAAGCGCACUCAGGCCAUGCUGAACAAAUAUCGCCUGCUGCUCUUGGAGGAAUCCAGGAGAGUGAGCCCUUCCGCAGAGAUGGUCAUGAUUGACAGAAUGUUCAUUCAGGAGGAAAAAGUAACUUUGUCCUUAGACCGGCAGCUGGCCAAGGACAGACCAGAUGAAUAUGUAUCCACUUCUUCCUCGCGGUCUCAGACAUUUGUGCCCACUGCACCCUCUGUAUCUUCCUCUCCUUGUCCAGUCCCAGCACCAGAGACCCUGAAGCCUCCUCUAGUACAGACUUCCACCCCAAUCCACCCAACCAAGCUGGUGAUUAAGCACAGUGGCGGAGGUUCUCCUUCUGUCACAUGGGCUAAAGCGUCGCCAUCCCUUGACACUGAUGAUGAAGCUCUUCCAUCCCGCAGCAGACCUCCUAUUAAGACAUAUGAGGCCCGUAGCAGAAUAGGAUUAAAACUGAAGAUCAAGCAAGAGGCUGGGCUCAGCAAAGUUAUCCACAACACAGCCUUGGAUCCUGUGCAUCAAAAUCCUCCUCCACCACCUCCACCCCCUGCUCCACCUACAGUUCCUACCAACACUGUCAUCAAAGCUGCUGUUCAGUCUACUCCAGCCUCCAUCACUACACCAACUGGACAGAUGAAUGGUACAUUAGAGCAUUCUUUACCUGUUGAGAAGAAGCCUCUGGCGACAUACUGCCGGCUACCUCUGCGCAAGACAUACAGAGAGAACGUGGAUGCCUUUGUCACGGGGAAACCAGCAGAUAAGUUGUCAAAAAUGGAUAAGCCAGCACAACCUCCUACUGUGAUGCAACAGGUAAAGCAGGAGGAUGGAUCGAGAAGCGUCAUUACCUCCCAUAAGACACAAGGGGGCUCGAAUACUGAAAAGGCGAAGAAAGAGGAGAGUGCCAAGUUAGGGAUUUACAGCCGAGUAGACUCUAAGAUCAACAACAGUGACGAGAACCCUGGGGGGUUAAGGCAUGAUGUCAAGGAUGAUAACCAGAGCUUUUACAGAAUGAUUAUUAAAACCGAACCUCCAGAUAAUGAGACAGAGCUGAACUGGGAGAUGCAGCUUCCUUCUGCAAAAAGGCUAAAGUCUGAACAUUUUGAUGUUGAUAAUGCUAGCUUCUCUAGUGAUAGUCCACAAGAUGAUACUCUAAAUGAGCACCUUCAAAGUGCUAUUGAUAGUAUUCUCAACCUACAGCAGCCCCAGAGUGGUGGAGGAACAAAUUCUCUUCUCCGCUCCUCUACCCAAUCGUCUUACCACCACUCUUCGUCGUCUUCUCCGUUCUCCUCCCCGGUCCACCGCACAGACUCUUACCUUACCCCCAACCAUAAUGGAGGCCUAGGUACCAGGACGUUAAACAGAUAACGAGGGGACAAUGUAGAACUGAGUGAGCUAUGAGAUUUUAAUCAAUGUGUCUGGCUGAGGAGAAAAGAGUUUAAAGGGAGUUUGCAAAUGGGACAUGAAAUGCCAGAUUUAUCUGCAGCAGGGGGCAGUAGACUCUUAUUCUCAAAAUAAGCCUCAAUAUUUUCCAUUCAUCAGUGUUCAACUGUGAGUGGUUUUGCAAGAAGAUUGUGCUGCCCCUCCUGUAUUGCUCCUUGUGAGGACGGCCUUUAAAAUUGGAAAUGCGCAUUGAUUUCUCCUGUCUGUGCAGUCAAAGAUUUUAAGAACAUAUCCAGUUGGUUAUCUGUUGCCUUUAAAACUUAAGCUUUUUUUUCUUUCUUCCUUUACUUCUUUCCCCCCCCUGUGUUCUCCUUUCUCAUCUCAACUUGAUGAACUUUCAAAGCGGGGGGGAAAAAAAGACCGACCUUGACAAAGAGACCAGAUUUACUAGAGAAUGGGACUGGCCUAUAAACAAAGCAUAUUAAAAUUAUUAUAAUGAUUAUUUCUUUAAGUUAUUCAUACAAGAAGUCAGGGGAUUUUUAUGUUCUAUGUCGUAUUUCUUUAUUAUUUUUUUUUUAUAUUAUAUUCCUGUCUGGGGGAACGAGCAAAUGAAUGCACAGCGCUCAAGGAGAAAAAAAAAAAAACUGCAUCCAUAAAUGGGAUUUUUAACUUUAUGAUUAUUUUUGAAUUGACCAUUUUUGUGAGGGUUCCUCUACAGAGAGGGUGGAAACUUUGAAGGGUGAUAAAAAAAUCAAGCUCCCCAGAAUUGUUUCAACAGAGACUUGUUUCAGCUGUAGGGUUUCUUGAGAGUGCUCAUUCACUAAUGCUGCAAAUAAAACCUCUGCAAUUCAAAAAAAAAAAAAAAA